AUGAGCGGAAACGAUAACCCCGGAAAUUUUGCCAACCGCGAUAAAGAGGAGGUUCAAGAAAUUGCGUCCAAGGGCGGGCAGGCGAGCCAUUCGGGCGGCUUCGCCAGCAUGGAUCCCGAUAAACAGAGGGAAAUUGCUUCUCAGGGAGGACAGGCGUCGUCUGGAUCUUUUGGACCUGGAAGUGACAAAGCUAGGGAGGCUGGAAGGAAGGGUGGCUCCAAGUAG